AUGGCCUCUACUUCUACCAAUUUACCCAUACAACAUCAACAUAAUGAUCUACAGUCACCUUCUGGGACUACAGUUAGAUCAAAUGGUUUACUUUUCCUUCGUACAUCUUGGCAAAACAUUUCUCGUGCAAGCAAAUUCAUGUUGGUCUCUUCUGUCUUCUUCAUCGUCUCACAAAUGAUAGUAUCCAUAGUCAUGCUUGCUCUGUAUUCCAAUGAUACUUGUGAUAAACCACUAGGCACCUAUCUUAUUGUACAUACAGCUCGUAUAGGACUUCUCUUACCACUCUUGAUAUAUCAAUAUCUCCAUCGUCCUACUUUAUUACAACGUCAACAACGUCAAAAUGAUCAACGGAUGGAAAUACAAAGGGAAUAUAGGCGACAACGCGAAAUGGCUACUGCUUCAAGAGCUCAACCUUCCUCGUCUUAUACACCUUCUUCGUCUUCUCCUUCUUCUUCGUCUACUACUACUACUACUAGUUCUUUACCUACUCAAGAACAUCCGUCUACAAUACCAAGGGUUAAUCCAUUACAAGAACAAAAUAACAACAAUAUCAAGGAAUGGUGUGAAAGAAUAAAGUCUUUAUUGGAUCUGUUUGGUAUUCUUUGGUUUAUUGUUGGAAACUAUCUUAUUUUUACUACAGAAAAUUGCUCUUAUUUAGCUCGACAUUUUUAUUACACCAUCUUGGUCUGGGUUUUACUUAGUUAUAUUAUUAUUUUGAUUCCUGUCAUCCUAUGUGCAUCAGUUAUCUUUUGUUUACCGGUUGUUUUAGUGAUACUUCGAAUACUCAAUAUUACCGAAGUACCUGGUAUGCCAAUGGGUGCUAGUCAAGAAGAAAUACUCAAGAUCCCUAUUUAUAAGUAUCAACUACAAGAAAAUGAAAGUACCACCCCCGCAACACCAUCUUCAUUUGCAUCCCAAAGAAAUACUAUCAACUCACCAUCAUGGACACGACGCCUGUUUCUACGUUUCAAAAAAACCAAGAAUGAUGUCGAAGAUAGAUCUUAUCCAUCCAUUACCAUCCCUCAAGUAGAAGAUGCUUUAUGUUCUAUUUGUUUAUCUGAAUAUGAACCUGGUGAUCUGAUAUGUAAACUAUGGUGUAGUCAUCAUUUUCACAAGGAUUGUGUACAUGAAUGGCUUGCUCUCAAUAGUCUAUGUCCUUUAUGUAAACAAAACUUCCGUGGUAAAGAUUACAAUCAAGAACAAGAUUCACCAAGUGAUCCUAUUACUGAACCACCAAGAUCCUAA